UGCCGCGCCAGCCUCGUUUAGGGUUUCCCUCGUCCGCCGCCGCCGCGCCUAGCAUCAAAGCAGCAGCAGCAGCGGCCAUGGCGGAGGUGGAGCUCCCGCAGCAGGAGGUCAAGCUCUUCAACCGCUGGUCCUUCGAGGACGUCCAGGUGAACGACAUCUCGCUGGCGGACUACCUGGCGGUGUCGGCGACGAAGCACGCGACGUACCUGCCGCACACGGCGGGGAGGUACUCGGCGAAGCGGUUCCGGAAGGCGCAGUGCCCCAUCGUGGAGCGCCUCACCAACUCGCUCAUGAUGCACGGCCGCAACAACGGCAAGAAGAUCAUGGCCGUCCGCAUCGUCAAGCACGCCAUGGAGAUCAUCCACCUGCUCACCGACGCCAACCCCAUCCAGGUCAUCAUCGACGCCAUCAUCAACAGUGGUCCUCGUGAGGAUGCCACCCGUAUUGGGUCAGCAGGUGCUGUGAGAAGGCAGGCUGUGGAUAUCUCUCCCUUGAGGAGGGUCAACCAGGCAAUCUACCUCCUCACCACUGGUGCCAGGGAGAGCGCCUUCAGGAACAUCAAGACCAUCGCUGAGUGCCUUGCUGAUGAGCUCAUCAAUGCUGCCAAGGGCUCAUCAAACAGCUACGCCAUCAAAAAGAAGGAUGAGAUUGAGCGUGUCGCCAAGGCGAACCGUUGAGCACCAAUUCCAUCCCAUUGUGCUAAAGCUCUUGAGCUAUUGGCUGGACUAUACUUUUUGCUAGCAUUUUUCCUUCCCACCUUUUUGGACCUACCUGUGGCUAUCUGUUUGGAUGAACAUUGACUAGUGCUAAGAUGUAGUUGUCUGUUCGCUAUCUAUCAACAUGGUUUUAUGUUGAACCCACAAUUCUGUCGCUGCGUAAUCUGAGUUCAUUUGGGUGCUGAAUGGUUUUGUUUCUGAUCA